CUGAAAGGGAGCUCAGAGGUAGAAAGGCAAUGGAGGCUAGGCUGUAGAGGCUGUAGCGUCAUCAAGUCACUGGGACCAAGCAUCAACCCAGAGAAAAGCUACUGGCUCUCUUCUCUUCUUGGACCAGCUCCAUUUCUUCUUCUUUCCAAGACUAUUAUGUGUAGAUCAGAACAAAGACAAGCUUCGAAUGGUAAAAGUGCGGAAAUUCAUGAUAACAAUGAUGGUGAGGAGGAAUCUGCAGCCCUGCAGUUGGAAGGAGCGGUGUCGCUAGGAGGCUUAAUAUGGAUUAAACUCCAUGGAAACUCGUGGUGGCCAGCACUGGUUGUUGAUGAGAACAGUGUUGAUGGGAGCAGUAAACCUGGAAAUAGAUCAGAGGCAGAGGUGCUUGUGCGUCUAUAUGGGAGCUAUGAGUACUUAUAUGCAGACCCUAUGAAAUACUAUUCUGAGUUUAAAAUGGUUCUCGAGCAGAAUAACGGUAGUUGCCGUGAGAUUUUUGACAAAUCUUUGGAGCAGGUUGCAACUGCUAGGAAAAGUAAAGCAGUGAAGGCUGAUCUUGGCCAAUAUUCAAUGGGCACUGUUUUGGGCAAUAAAAGCACCAUGCGACAUAGUGCUAGGAAGCGUUUGAAGGAUGUGAAUGAUGGUGAGGCACCUUAUAAAAAGGUUCAAGAAUCAAAUGGGGUGAAAAUGAAACGUGAAUCCAAUGAGCCAAGCACUAAGGAUGUGGUAAAUAGGAAAAUUUCUAAAAAGGAUAGGCUUGUGAAGAAACUCAAACCAAAUAGCCCGUCUAGAAGAAAGAAUCCCAGGCAAAAUGGAUCAAAUGUUGAGGACAAAGCUAGGAGCGGGACUUCUGAUCAAGGUGAGAUUCAGCAGAAACUCAAGCGAAAAAGCCCAAGUACUCAUAAACAAGCUAAGAAUAAAGCCAAUGCACAAGAGAGGGUGCAGAAGAAACAGAGGAAAAAUAACCAAAUUGUGGACGAAAGAGCAAAACAUCAAAGCUCCAAACAAGAUGGAGAGCAGAAAAAAUGCAAGCCAACUCGGAAAAGAGCUCGUGAGGCAACAAAAGUCCCAGCUGGGGAGAUGCAGAAGACAUCCAGGCAAAAGAGCACAAGUAACAGUGAAAAAGCUAAGAACAAAGCACCCAUGGAAGGUGGGGUACAGAAGAAACUUACAAAUGAUAAACAAAGUGCUAAAGAUGAAGUGAAAAGCAAAAGUCCCAAGCAAGGCAGUGUACACAAAAACCUUAGGUCAUCAAGCAGCACAGCAAAUAGAAAAACCAGUAAGCUGGAUAGGGAGCAGAAGAAAACGAGGUUAAAUACUAGAAGUGCCAAGGAAGUUUCAAAUUCUGAGGGAGGAAAAAGGAGCAAAACUUCUAAGCAAGGUGAAGAGCAGAAAAAGGUGAACCCAAAGGGCUUGGAUUCUGAUGGCACAAAAUUCCGAACUCCUAAACAAGAUAAGCUUCAAAAGGAGAAGACUAAUAGUCCAAGCUCUGAGAGAACUUCACCAGGAAAAUCUCCCAAGUCAAGCGCCCGAAGGAUGAGAGUGAUGCAAGGUCUUGGUUUGAUUGCACCGUCUGGUUCACCAUUCCAUUAGAAUGGACUCGAUUUAACCAAGUUUGUCAUGACAAGUUGCAAAAAUAUCAUGUCCGAUGGCAUGCUACUGUUGCAGUCAUCUUUUGAUGUCAUAAUGACAUAGCUGUCGACUGUAUGGUACAAAACUCUAGUUCAUCGAUAAGCAUAAGGCAGAUUUACAGCUGCCCCCAUUGAAAUCCUUGAAUAUUUUGUGAAAGUAUUCAAUGACCAGAAGUCCUUAGAACAGUUUUAAUUUUGUUCUCAUUGAAACUUAAUUAGUAGUAUGCGGAUAAAUGGAUGCUACCCCCAAUUGCAACUAGA